UAGAAGACUUCGGCCUAGAUAGCUAGCUUGGACCAUGUUGCAUCUUAUAAUUUUGUUUUGGCAGCCAUUUUCAUAAACAAUUCGUAGCUGCUCCUACCGCUUGUUCUUCCCCUUUCUCUAUCAUGAUGUGCCCACCUCUUUCUACAACAUAACGAGAAUGCAUCUUCAUUUCUACCUCUCCUUCCUUCUCCCGCUUCUCCUUCUUCCCUCUGCCAUUUCAGUUUAUUUUCAACUAUCUCAGUUUAACGACACCAACAUGUAUUAUCAAGGCGAUGCAGUGCCUUUUGGUGGACAUAUUGAAUUCAACCUUGUUGAUUAUAUAAAUCGUGUUGGUUGGGCAACCUAUCCUGAAAAGGUGCGGCUCUGGGACUCGAGGUCAGGGCAGCUUUCUGAUUUCACAUCUCAUUUCUCCUUCUCCAUUAAUACACUUGGCGCACCCAAAUAUGGUCAUGGAAUUGCUUUCUUCCUUGCGCCUGUUGGUUUUCAAAUCCCACCCAAUUCUGCUGGUGGCUUCUUAGGCCUUUUCAACACGACAACCAUGAAAUCCCCUCAGAGUCAAAUUGUUUCUGUGGAGUUUGAUUCUUAUCCAAAUUAUGGAUGGGAUCCAAAAGUUGGGCAUGUUGGGAUCAACAACAACUCUAUUAGCUCAGCUUUAUAUACACCUUGGAAUGCAAGCUUUCACAGUGGAGAUACUGCUGAGGCAUGGAUUACCUAUAAUUCUACUGAUCGAAAUUUGAGUGUGUUUUGGGAGUACCAAACAACCUCAGAUCCUCGAGAGAAUUCUAGUCUGUUUUACAUAAUCGAUCUCAGUAAGUUUUUGCCUGAGUGGAUCACUGUUGGCUUCUCAGCGGCUACAGGCUCUAAUGUAGAACAACAAAGACUUCUAUCUUGGGAGUUUAAUUCAAGUUUGAACGUUGAGGAGAUGAAAGGUAAUAAGAGUAAUAAGAGCAGGAUUAUAAUUGGUGUCCUUGUUUCGGUACUUGUUCUGAUAGCUGGGGUGACUACAGCAUUUGUGAUUUUAUGGAGGAGGAAACAAAUGAUGACAAGAAAAGGAGCAGCAGACACAAUGAACGUGACGUCUAUUAAUGAAGACCUUGAAAGAGGAGCGGGGCCAAGAAGGUUCUCUUAUGAUGAUCUAGUUUCGGCUACAAACAACUUCUCAGACCAGAGGAAGCUAGGCGAAGGGGGGUUUGGUGCUGUUUAUAGGGGAUACUUGAAUGAUAUGGACAUGGAAAUUGCAGUGAAGAAGAUUUCAAGAAGUUCUAGACAAGGUAAGAAAGAGUACAUCACUGAGGUGAAGACCAUUAGCCAGUUGAGACACCGGAAUCUGGUGCAGCUCUUGGGCUGGUGCCAUGAUAAGGGCGAGUUUAUGGUGGUAUAUGAGUUCAUGUCAAAUGGCAGCCUCGAUUCUCAUCUCUUCGGCAAGAAGAAGAUGAGUCCUCUAAGUUGGGCCGUGAGAUACAAGAUAUCUCUUGGCCUGGCCUCGGCACUGCUUUAUCUUCAUGAAGAGUGGGAGCGGUGUGUUGUGCAUCGAGAUGUCAAGUCAAGUAACAUAAUGCUGGAUUCUA